AUGACUCUGAGUGAAUUCGAUGUUACUAAACAGAUUCAACAAAUGAUUUCCUUUAUUCAACAAGAAGCCGCUGAAAAAGUCGAAGAAAUCGAAGCGAAAGCUGAAGAAGAAUUUAACAUCGAGAAAAGUCGCCUCGUUUCCCAACAACGCAUCAAAAUCAUCGAGUACUAUGAUAAGAAGGAGAAACAGAUUGAACUCCAGCAAAAGGUUCAACAUUCGAACUUGGCUAAUGCAAGUCGUCUAUCAAUUUUGAAAGCACGUGAUGAAUGUAUUGAAGCAUUCAAAGAAGAAAUAAGAAAGAAAUUAGAUUUUUCGAAAGUAGAUCGAUCGAAGUAUAUAAUUAUUCUUUCAAAUCUUAUUAUCCAAGGUCUCUAUACUCUAAUGGAACCGAUAAUUACUAUUCGUUGUCGACAGGAUGAUUAUGGUCUUGUUCAACGACUCAUUCCUGAUGCAAUUCGACGAUACAAACAAACAGUGAAAAAAGACAUUGAAAUUCAUUUAGAUCAGAAAAACUUUCUCUCCGAGAAACUAACUGGCGGUAUUGAACUCUAUGCCAUGAAUGACAAGAUCAAAGUAUCGAAUACAAUCGAAGCUCGACUAGAUAUUAUUUUCCAUCAAAUGCUACCGGAAAUUCGUGAGACUUUAUUCGGUACAAACCACAACAGAAAAUAUUAUGACUAA